AUGGAAGAAGAUAUACUUACAACUUUAAAACUUCUAAUUAUAGGCGAGAGUGGUGUUGGAAAAUCAAGCCUGCUUCUUAGAUUUACUGAGGAUAAUUUUGAUCCUGAACAAACAUUGACUAUCGGUGUAGAUUUUAAAACCAAGAGACUUACAAUUGAUGGCAACACAGUCAAACUGGCUAUAUGGGAUACUGCUGGUCAGGAAAGAUUUCGAACUUUGACUCCCUCAUAUUAUAGGGAUGCUCAGGGUGCAAUUUUAGUGUUUGAUGUUAGUAGUUAUGCUUCCUUCUCAAAACUAGAAAUGUGGUUGAGUGAACUGGAAACAUAUUCCACAAAAAGUAAUAUUAUAAAAAUGAUAGUUGGAAACAAAAUAGAUGUGGAUAAACGUGAAGUAUCUAGGGAAGAAGCUAUGAGGUUUGCUAGAAGACAUCAAACAUUGUAUAUUGAGGCCAGUGCCAAGACAAAAGAUGGGGUACAGUCAGCAUUUGAAGAACUUGUUCAUCAGAUAAUUCAAACACCAAGCUUAUGGGAGUCCUAUGCACUAAAUAACAUUCACCUGAACAACCAAGAAAGAACAAACUCAUCAGGUUGCACUAGCUAUUGUACUCUAGUCUAGUAGUGUCGGUUAGAAAAAAUUUAACAUGAAGAUAUUUAAAACUUAUAAAAUGUAGGUAGGCUCUUGCUUCUUGAUAGAAUGAUCACAAGUCCGCAUUGUUAUAAAAGAAUCGGUGAGUGAAAUUUAAGAAUUUUUUACCAGACACUCGUGAUUUUGCCAUAAUUGACCCGGCCAGAGGCCUUAUUGAAGUCUCCUAACAUACGCCAAAAAUAAAAGCAGAACAAUAUUUCUAUUAAAAAUUCUUUAUUUCUAUUAAAAAUUCUUAAAUUCUAGUUUUAUUAAAAAUAAAAACACAUCAAUUUGUUAUAAAGCUUUAUUACCCAAUACCCUGGUCCAGUUUGAGAUCUCUUUAAUCCCCAGUAGUCUGGAACAAGAUCAUACCUGUCUAGUGUUAUGAUCGUGCACGUCUCCUAAAGCGCCUUCAGCUCCUGUUAACAAACAUAAGAUUCUCAAAGAUAUGAAAGGAAGGCACAGUAAGAGUUCCAAGAGUCUCAUAGGCCAAUCUGCAAUCGUUCCUAAACCAAGACCUACAAGAACUCUCAUAGCAUUACGUUUCAAACCAAAUACUCUCGGCAUUCCCACCCUCUAUGCCCUAGACCAAGAUUGCAUAAAAUACGUCAGAUGAAAGUGAAAAUAGCUUAAUAAGCUCGUAAUAAGACCUCGUGUGGAACGCCUGAUGCUAGAUUUCUGAGCACAUAUAGAUUCUUUAAAAGAUUUUUACUCAGAGUCAAUAUAAUAAGUCUUUGCUUCUUAAGUGGGAGCCUAUUGGUACAGAACCGCUCUUUGAUGCUUGACUAUACAGGCCUAGAACCCCUAAGAGAGUCCACAAGUGUGUCAGCUGCAAAAACCUUGGUGUCAUCAGCGAAGAGUGUGUAUCAGACGUUCGGAGAUUAACAUACCAGCUUGCUAUCAGAAAUAACCUUUCCCAUCCCUCUUCAGAAAGAGAUGGUAAUUCCGGUAAAAAGUAGCUCCGAAAUUUCCUCAGACGGCAUCCCAAUCUAUCUGUAAGAAAACCGCAGGGGAUUUCAAAAAAACAGAAUAAAAAGUUUUACCCCAGAAAAUAUCAACCGUUUUUUUGAUAUUCUGAUAUUCUGGAACCAGCUAUGGAGAAGAUAAAUUUUAACCCCUAAGAGUGUAUAAUGUUGAUGAAACAGGUAUCACUACCGUACAAUCCAAGAUUGCUAGGAUCAUCGCUCAUAAACCUUGGUGUCAUCAGCGAAGAGUGUGUAUGUAGCGUUUAGUUAAAACAUUUCCUCGAUAUCUAUCUGAAUCAGUUGGAGUAGUUAUCCUUAAACGUUAACGAUACUUGGUAGCAACACUAUUUGUUGUUUUACUCUGGUUAUAGGACCCUUCAAAGCUACAUAUAUGCAAUCAUUAUACAGAAUAAGUAACUACAUUCAGCUUUCCGAUACGUUUAAUAUAAAAGAUGAUAAAAAAUAUACCCCUACCUAUUUGUUGUAAGUUUUAGUUUCUUUACAAACAUAUUAAUAUAUUAUUUUAGGUAAAUAAGCUUUUUAAUCAAUAGGAAUGCUGUAAUUUUUAUAUAAAAAGAUAUUAACACUAGCUUGGAUAUAUGAAACUAUAAUAUUACCUUAAAUAUAUAUCAGAAACGACUAGUCCACACUGUUUUUGUUCGAAAGAUUUAUAAAUUAUAAUUAUUGUAGGAUAUAUAUUUUUUAAAGUUAAAGUAUAUGUACAUUUAUUGAUAUAUUUCUUCUGCUGCUAUACCGUCAUUAUCACAUAAAUUUCAUAAAGGAACCAUUUUAUUGUUUUAUAUUUUUUCACUUUGCCAAUGAUUCAACUAAAAACAUUUAAGCUUUAGAUUCCAAACAAUUUGAUACAAACUACUUGGUCAGUAUUUUUAAAUGCAUCGAAUGUAUUUUAUAUCACCAUCAUAAACUAAGUCAGUGUAGUUUAGUUUGGCCAAUUUUCCAUGCCUAGGUAUACUUAAUAGUUUUGGAGAUUUUUUCUAAAUAACUUUUUUUGGUAUAGCUAACAGAUAUGACUUUGUGACUUUAUCAGAAGAAUUGCGUCACCUUGUAUAUUUCUUAUCGUUACGUAUUUUAUUAUUCCGAGUGUGCUGCAUUUUUUGUAGGAUAAAUUUCCAUAAUUGAAGAUUCCUUGGAGAAUCUCUUCAGAUUCGACAUGUGUUAAGUGAAAAAUUCAUAUACAAGUUAACAUAUAAGGCAAACAAAAAUGUGAAGUCUGUUUGAAAAUGGCACGAGUCCUGAUUUUAUGCACCUUUAUAAUUAACCGGAAGUUUUAUUCAAUUAAUAACUUAUUUAUUUAUUUAAUUAAUUGGACUUAUGUCCCGGCGGCUUAAUUAAUGUAUGAUGCACUUUCAUAAAUAACGUUGCUCAGUGAGAUUCUAAUAGCAAUAAGAGAUUAUGUUGUACCAUACAUACUAAAAAUAUAUUAUUUUGGUUGAAAUUUGUGUGAAAAUGAUCGAACAUUCAAAAUAUCAUUUGUUUUGUAUUAUAUAAUAGUACUUUACGUUGUUAAUAUUGGUUUUUAAUAAAUAUUUAUAAAUCU